AUGGCAGCUCGGAAGCUACAAACCGAGAUCGACCGCACCCUCAAGAAGGUUGCAGAGGGUGUAGAAUUAUUCGAGUCAAUAUAUGACAAGAUGCAGGCAUCUACAAACCAAACGCAGAAGGAGAAGCUUGAAACGGAUCUCAAGACCCAAAUCAAGAAGCUGCAACGAUUACGAGACCAAAUCAAGACGUGGGUGGCCAGCAAUGAGAUUAAGGACAAAACACUCUUAUUGGAGAACCGAAAGUUGAUUGAAACACAAAUGGAGAAAUUCAAGGCCUGUGAGAAGGAAAUGAAGACUAAGGCCUUCUCCAAAGAUGAAAAAGAGAAAGCGGAGACAUCAGCUUGGUUAGCGCAGCAAGUGGAGGAGCUUGGGCGUCAAAUAGAACACACUGAGGCAGAAAUCGAACAGCUCCAAGGUGGCACUACACGAUCCCGACGCGCCAAGGCGACGGGUAAUGGCGGAGGAAGGGCAGAAGAACUUGCUACCCUAAAUGAACGGAGAAAAUGGCACGUCGGGCGACUGGAACUCGUAAUGCGUCUAUUGGAAAACAAUACUCUACAAACGGAUGCAGUAUUAGCGCUGAAAGAACACAUCAGUUAUUUUGUCGAGAGCAAUACGGGAGAAGAUUUCGAAUUUGAUGAAGGCGUGUAUGACGAACUAAACUUGGACGAGGAGGAGGAAGCCUUCCGUAUUGCUGGCGACGACAAUGGCAGUGAAGGGGAAGAAGAGAGCGUGGAUGAACGAUCGACGCGUCCACCAGCAAAAGAACCAAAAUCCAAAGCUUUCUCAUUGGACGAUGAUUCUCAUUCAAAGAAAGAUGAGAGCAGUCCUGUGUUGAAGAAAGCGGCUCCGCGUAAGCAAUCUAUACAUGUUGAAUCUAAACCGCCCCCUCCCCAAGCUACUCCUGUUAAAGCACCACCUCCAACGGCCCCAACAAAAGUGUCUUUGCCUCCCAUACGAUACGCGGCAGCAGCUGCAGCUGCAGUAAAGAACGAUUCUCCAGCGUCUAAAGAAUCGCCAAAACCAACACCAUCAGUAGCUCAUCCUCCUCCCGCACAAUCCACGCUUGGUUCGACGCAGACAUCUGUUACAGCUGCCACCUCUGCCCUACCUACCACUGCACCCGCAGCGCCGGUACCAUCAGUUUCAGCCACCGACUCUCCUAGCCAACACUCAGGCCAGAGGUCUCCUUCUUUAGCGUCCAGCAUUGUCUCCCCAGCGCCAGUGCUACCAUCAUUACCUUUAGAAGCACCCCCAGGCAUUGUACCGCCAAGUCAGCCGCACGCUGAGUCACGACACCAGAGCCCCGUCAGUAGCAGAGCUGGUGCCGAUGCCAGCGUCGACAACGCAAGUGUUUCAUCCCCGUAUGCCCUUAGUAGCGCUGCUCUUCCUUCUACAGGCGUAUCCCCAUACAUUUCGCAAGCAAUUACCGCCGAACCAUUGCCGAUGAAUGGAACAUCGAAUCAAAACAACUCCGGGGCGAAUGGGGUCUCAUCUUUCCCAAUGUCAGCGUCACAAUCCAUGAAUAUGCCUUCCCCAUUGCCUCAGCAAGUACAGGCGCAAGGCCCACCCGGUUUUAGUUAUGAUAUACCUCAGCCUCUAUCCCAAACCGCUGUUUCUCAGCAACAGCAGCAACAGUCGCAACAGCAAAGGCAACUUCCCAGCUCUCUGAGCGACCUGGUCUCGACUUUCGAAGCAUCGAAAGAGAAAGCUGCACGACGGGACCCAGAACAACUUAGCAAGGCUCUAGCGGCUGGGCUCGAGGGCAUGCCACAACCACAGGACACAUCCAAGCCAAAAUACUAUGUGCCCCGUAACCCUUAUCCCUCACAACCAUACUACCCACAACAACCUUUGACGGUACUCAGUUCCCCAGCCCUCUAUUCCCAGUUGGAUGUGGAAACAUUAUUCUUCGUAUUCUAUUAUCUUCCUGGUACAUAUAUGCAGUACUUGGCCGCCAAAGAACUAAAGCGCCAAUCCUGGCGCUUCCAUGUCAAGUAUCUCACGUGGUUCCAAAGGCACUCCGAGCCUCAAGCUAUCACCGAUGAGUACGAGCAAGGCGUAUACGUAUACUUUGAUUGGGAAGGAUCUUGGUGUCAGCGCAAGAAGAGCGAUUUUAGGUUCGAAUACCGUCACUUAUCCGAGGACUAG